AUCACAUGCAUGAUGACAAGCCAGAAACAGAAGAUCACCUUAACAUAAAGCUAAACUGACAAGAUGCUCCACAGCUACCUGCUCUAAACGUAAGAUGAAGAAGCGUCAGUGUGAACUGGAGCAAGACAGCGGCAGGAGGACUGCAGUGAUCUAAUGAACAGAGACGUUUGUCAUGCGGCAAUCAAUGGAGGAGGAACCAGUGACACAUCCUGGACAUGAUGACACUGAUGUAGGUCUGGCUCAGAUUUUGGCAGAAGUGGUAGAGGAAGUGAGACUGUCCGUAGACAGAGAUAUCAACGGUGCUGAUCUUCUGUAUAGUCUCAUCAGUGCUCCUUGGCUUUACUCUCUUCUCAGGGUGUAUGAGUGUCUGGUGCAACACAGUCAAGAUGCCCCAAGCCCGUACCUGCCUUAUUCCUCGAGACUAUCUCAGGAGGUUAUGGCCAGUGUGCGAGGACUGGCUGCUCCCUCCUCUGAGGCACAAGAACUUUAUAUUUUGCUGAAAUACCCUCAUAUACAGGCUUUGCUCUCUGCUCAUGAUUCUGUGGCCCAGAAGGACUACGGUCCAGUGCUGCCGCCCCUUCCUGACAACCUGCCUUACAAUGAGGAGGCCAUCAGGAUUGUUUGCCUUGUAAAGAAUAAACAGCCUCUGGGGGCAACUAUUAGGAAGAAUGAAAAAACAGGGAACAUCUUUAUUGCAAGGGUGAUACGUGGAGGACUGGCAGACCGCAGUGGACUUCUUCAUCCUGGCGACAAGCUGGUGGAAGUGAAUGGACAGAAAGUUCGGGGACUGCAGCCCGAGCGUGUCAUUCAGAUGCUGGUCCAAUCUCAAGGAAAUAUUCUUUUUAAAGUGAUCCCUAAUACACCACAACCUACCAACAGCCAACCAGCUCUGUAUGUGAGAGCCAUGGUGGAUUACAGUCCUUUGCAAGACCCUGCGAUCCCCUGCCCAGAUGCAGGCAUGGCCUUCAGUAAAGGAGACUUGCUGGAGAUUGUUGACCAGAGGGACAUCCGAUGGUGGCAAGCUAGAAAACUCCACAGUGCCUCAUUGUGUUGUGGCCUCAUCCCUUCCACUAACCAGUUCAGAUAUAAGCAAAGGGAGCUGUGGUGGUCACAACCUUACCAGGCUCACACCUGCAUCACACCCUUGAGUGCAGCAGAUGUUGGAGAAGAGGAGAUAGAUGAAAACAAAUGCAUUGAAACAGAUGAAGAUUUUGAGUUCGUGUCAGAGGAGGGUGAAAAUGGUGAACACAUGCAGGGCUUAUAUAUAGCGGGGUUCCGUCACAGUCUGCGUUUUUGGAGGAGGAAAUCAUACAGUAAACGAAAGCGGUCAUGUUAUUCCUGUGGCAUCAGCAGUUGCCUUAACACCUCAGCCACCCUUUAUGAAGAGGUGCUCCACUACCAACGCCACAUAGACGAUCCCCCCCGUCUCAUUGUGCUUAUUGGUCCAUCAGGAGUGGGUGUAAAUGAACUACGCAGGAGGCUAAUCAAAAUCAACCCUAAUACGUACCAGGGACCAAUAUCUCACACAACACGCUCCCAGAAAAUGGGUGAGAAGAAUGGACGUGAAUAUCACUUUGUGACCAAGGAAGUGUUUGCGUACAUGGUGGUCAAUCACAAAUUUCUCGAGUAUGGAGAGCAUAAUGGACACAUGUACGGCACCAGCUUAGACUCGGUCCAGGAUGUUUUGGACAAUGGAAAGAUAUGUGUUAUUGACCUUGAACCUCAUUGCGUUCAUUUAGUCAGAAACAAGAAGCUGAAGCCCUACAUCAUAUUUGUGCGGCCCCCGUCCCCUGCACGCAUGAGGCAAACAAGAAAAGACCCGCACUUUCUUGCCAAUAGAUACAUUAAGAGAUACUUUUAUGAUAAGGACUUUGAGGAGAUUGAGGAAGCAAGCAGGACUAUGGAGGCCAAAUAUCGACAGUACUUUGACUGCGUGAUUGUGAAUGAUGAUCUGCAAGAUUCAUGCAUGGAUCUGUUCACGGCUAUACAACAUGCUCAAGAAGAGCCACAGUGGAUUCCUACCAGCUGGUUUGCUCCUGAUCAUCCAUGACCCACAGAAAUGCAUAAGAACAAACGAGGGAAUUUUUUAAACAAAGGCCUUUGGGUGUAGUUUAGGGAAAAUGAACUUUCAUGUGAACCCUUUUGCUGGUCAACAUCAAUCGUUUGGACUAUCAUGGUACAUACUAGUACAUAGUACAUACUGUAUACUAUAAACACAAAUUUAGGCCUUGAGAGUCUUCACUAGAUGUCUUACGAGAUCUAUAGAUCUAUUUCGGGUUAUUUGAACUGUUUACACUAGUGUUUUGUGUUUAAGUUAAAUGUAAUUUAUGUCUAACGAGGACUAUCAACUGCAUGUAUGAUGUCAAUAUAUAAUGUGAUAUUUAUAUAUAUAUUUAGCCUGUGCAUAAGUUGAGUUGAAAUAUUGCCUUGUCAAAAUAACUCUCAUAAAAGCAAUAGAGAAGAAAUUGUUUUAUUACAUUAUGAAGUCUAUGGCUUACAAGUUUUCCAAGACACUAAAAGUUCCUAGAGACACAGCUGACAGCCUUAUAAGUAUAAAAUGUGUUGUAGGCCUACCUGAAAAACUUUAAAGGCAUUAAAGAAAAAACACAAUAUCAUCAAGGGGAAUAAACUGUUCAGUCAAGCACUCAGAGGCAACAUUUAUUAAAGGUUAUAAAAAAUAAAAGAUUCUCUGCUAAAUUUGACUUUGGGGGUUGGAAAAUUUGGACAUGAAUGUUUAGAGUCAAUUUAAUUUUUUUUUUUCCUUCAUUUUUUUUAACCAUCUUUACAUUUUCAGAAUCAAUCAAAUGUGUAUUAAUAAACUUUCUAUAACAGUU